CACCACCACCGCCAUCCUCCUCACACACAAAAGCUCUGCAAUUAGUUGACUUAAGAGAGCUGAGGCUUAGCCAGCUGCAAGCGGAAAAUAAUAAAAUAACUUGGAGGGGAGGGAGGCAGCAGACGAAGCGGCAGCCAUGGAAGAAUACAAAUAACUGCCCUCAAUUUCCCCUCCUCCCCCUCAACAAAACCCAAAUCAAAGCCACGACUGCUGUGAGAAAGGCCGACCUAGAUGCAUCCCCACGCUCCUCCGCUGAGAAAGCCGCACACGCCUGCAUCUGGAUCCAGGCGCUGGAGCUCCUGAGCAGCCCGUCUCCGUCGGGAGGAAUGCAUAGCUGGGAUACAGGCAGGAUCUUCUUUGUUCCGCAUUAGCCGCAAGCAUCGCCUGAGCCCUUCCCUGAGGGACCCGCUGUGCAGCCAGCCCUCUCUGAGCACGAUGGGAACCACAGAAGCCACUUUGCGGAUGGAAAAUGUGGAUGUGAAGGAGGAGUGGCAAGACGAGGACUUCCCCAGACCUCUCCCAGAAGAGACGGGGAUGGAGUCACUGGGCAGCCCUACAGAAGACGAGAAUACGUCCUCUCCCCCAAAUACGUUAAACUUUAAUGGGGCGCAUCGUAAGCGGAAGACACUUGUUGCACCUGAAAUCAACAUUUCCCUGGACCAGAGUGAAGGCUCCAUUCUCUCCGAUGACUUCCUGGACACACCAGAUGACCUGGACAUUAACGUGGACGAUAUUGAAACUCCUGACGAGACAGAUUCCCUCGAAUUCCUGGGGAAUGGGAAUGAGCUGGAAUGGGAAGAUGACACUCCUGUAGCCACAGCCAAGAACAUGCCUGGGGACAGUGCAGACCUGUUCGGGGAUGGCGGGACAGAAGAUGGGAGUGCUACUAACGGACGGCUCUGGAGGACUGUCAUCAUCGGAGAGCAGGAGCACCGCAUCGACCUCCAGAUGAUCAAACCCUACAUGAGAGUGGUGACACACGGAGGAUACUAUGGAGAAGGUCUCAAUGCCAUCAUUGUCUUCGCUGCCUGCUACCUCCCGGACAGUAACCUGGCUGAUUAUCACUACAUCAUGGAGAAUCUCUUCUUAUACGUGAUCAGUAGUCUGGAGCUGCUGGUGGCUGAGGACUAUAUGAUCGUGUACCUAAAUGGAGCAACGCCCCGGAGGAGGAUGCCAGGCCUCGGCUGGCUGAAGAAAUGCUAUCAGAUGAUAGACAGAAGGCUGCGUAAGAACCUCAAAGCACUGAUAAUCGUGCAUCCUUCAUGGUUCAUCCGGACAGUGCUGGCUAUAUCCAGACCCUUCAUCAGUGUAAAGUUUAUCAAUAAGAUCCAGUAUGUUCACAGCCUGGAGGAACUGGAGCAACUUAUCCCAAUGGAGCACGUACAGAUUCCAGACUGCGUCUUACAAUAUGAAGAAGAGAGGAUCAAGGCUAGAAAAGAAAGGGCAGAAGAGAAACAAGACAUGGCUGAGAAGGAAAGCAGGCCUGUGCCCCCAGCAGAGGAUCAAGAAACCAGCAUGUCAUGAAUCGAAGUAGAGUGGAAUGAAUGGAGCCGAAGAAUGACGCAGCCUGGCAGUCACCCACGUAAAUGACCUUUUGGUGUAAGACCUUGCCAUCAUCUUAUUCCGAGUUCUGUAAGAUCACGGAGCCUGCCUCCCCUGUCUCCAAGAUGCAAAGUUCUUUAAACAUUUUGGAAACAUUUUACUUUAAAAAAAAAAAAAAACCAAACCCAAACAACCAAACAAAAAGCCACCACAAAACAAAACAAGCCAAGAAUAGCACUUUUCAGGACAGGUUCCAGUGUGUUUCAGUAAUGGUCUGUGGAGAGCUUUUAAGUAGUUCAAAUAGAUGCCAUGUUUCCUCUUAGUAAGUUAAGAGCUUUGUAGUCCAUUAGUCACCAGCCCAGAAAGAGAUAUAUUUUUUGUUUAAAUUAUAAACCCUUCCCCUAACUUGCUGCUGGCCAGCACCGCGACAUUUUGCUUUAAACUGCGCACCCACUUUCUCCCAUACAGACACUACAACAGCCAUUGCCCCAGGGAAUAACUAAUACAGGCAAUGAAAAGAGUGCAUUUUCGUCCUUUCUAUAGCCAGUGUAUGUUUUUUCCUGAAAAUACCAAGUGCCCACCGGCCUAGGCACCUCUUCCAGCCUUGACUGCCUCAGUUAUUUCAUUGCCAGUUCCUCUUAUUAACUCACACCGAGCCAUUUCUAUGAGUAAAUGCCAUGGGUUUUUUCCUGAUUUGUUCUGUCUCGGUUUGUAAGGCACUCUGAUAACUUUAAAGAGUCCCGUGCGGCAUGGCAGCCUCCACAGGACCUUCUUGUGAGCAUCUUCUCAUAGCAACGCACACACACCAAAAAGGUCUGGUUUUAAGAAGGAGCCUUACGGACAGGAAAGUUUUUCACGCCUUGUCUUUGUAUUGAUUUCAUGACACUGGACAAUCAUUCACUAUUAAUACCUCCUGUCGCGGAGACAAGCUGCUAAAUGUUUGACAUUUCCUACUCGCUGUCCCUGGGCAAUGAAGGUCUCAUCUGUAAUCAUGCCUGGAGGUGAAGGAUGCUGCAGAUGUGGAGGCAGGACACCGUGUCCGGGUUCAGCUCCUCAGUUAGCUGAGGGAUGCAGACGUGACAUUGCAACUCUGAAAUUUGUAUUUUGGAUUCAUGAGGAUUCUGUGAGCAAAGGAGGGAAGACAAUUUAAGAAACGAAUCUGGCCAAAAUCAUUUGGGAACUCCUCAUUUCACAAGGCCAGCUUACAUAAACUGUCUCAAAUGCAUCAGGUAAAACCCCUUGCAGACAACUGCAGACGAAGAGUUACUGGCGUAUCUCACCACUUAAGGAAUAUUUCAAACCUGGCAACCCUAGCCCACAGCUAUUUGAAAUCACCACUGCUUCGCUCGGCUCUGAAAUCCCCUGGAGGACAAUUCCGGCAAAGCAAGAUUUUCCUCAAGAUAGGGACAUCUCUGUAUACAUAACGCUUCUCUUUUUUUUUUUUUUUUUUUCCUUUCAGUGAAUGAAACUGCUACAGAUGAGACCUUUAUUUCCCUGAACACUACAAGGGAGCACCAAAUAUGCUUUCUAACGUUACUUCUCAUUUGGUAUAUGCUUUUCUCGUGCACUUCCGUCACGGACGUAUUUACUGAUUUACCGAACAGACCUUUGCAUGAAAAACAGAGCACUGUAUCCACAGAAGCACCAACCUCCAUGGCUUUCUAGAAAUUUCAUUAUGAGUCAGCUAUUGACAAAGUGAAUUCUACGCUACAAGGGACAAACAGCACUUCAGGUUUUCUGGAGUUGAGGUUUUAUGCCAAUAACACCUCCCCGCAAAAGGCGUUCUGUCCUAAGCUUUCCAAACAGCCAGCAGACAUCUGUUUCAAGGCAGAAGCGGCAGUCAGAAAUUUUCAGACAUUAAUGCGUUAACCCGAUCUGCAACGCUGGGCAUCCUUUUUCACACACCGUCUGUCAGAUGGACUAAAGGAACCCACUGAAAUUAAGAAAGGACUCUUCCGAUGGAAUUAAUUUUAGCUCAGACUAUAAACAAUCACAAAUCUCCCUGUAGUAUUAGAGUGCGUGAAUUCACUCUCUCCCACCGAUACUACUUAAACCUAGAUUUUCCUUUUUUCUUUUGAGACCGGUUUUGUGCAUUUAGAUAAAAAAAUCAUCUGCUAUGUUUUCCACAAAAGAAUGCAAUGCAGUUGGACACCAAAAGGCAAGUUCACAAUUAUAUAAUGAACAAAAUUGAGAGAAUGUUUAAUAAUGUUUAAAAGUACAACUCUAGAAACCUUUUAUGCCUCUGUAGUUACUAAACAGUUCAGUGAAAAAUGUUCACAACAUCAUGGAAAAUACUGCUGUUAUGGAACACAUGGGCAUGGAAGAUAAGAAACCUCGAAAAUGUUGUCUCGGGACCUGAAGAAAUGGAUUCCUCCUCGGUCCUCAGCAGUAACCAUACCAGAAGAAUGUCUUUCAGUUGUUUUGUUGUUGGGUUUUUUUCUCCAAAGAAGACGCUCUGUCUACGUUUUCAGAAAGAACUACAGAAUGAGCCGACCUGAAGAUGAAGCUUCGUAUUUUUUCAAUUCCUUCAGGGCGAGGUUAAGAGUUCAGCUGUGAAAAGGGCAGAUUACCAGUUUCAUUUCAAGAUAGGAAGGAAGGUGUUUGUUUGAAUACAAAAGUCAAUUUGUAACUUCUUUGAAACAAUUUUUCAAAAAGUGCACUUUCUGAUAGAGCACUCUAAGUAGUAUGCACUAUAUUUUAAUUUUUAACAAGAUUUUAUGAGUGUAACAUAAAUUUUAUGUUCAUGGAUGGAUGGAUGGAUGUCUAUAUGUCUUUUCAACAUAGAAAAGAACCUGCAACCCGUAAUGGAGAACGAUAGCUAAAUGUAAAUGUGCAUUUUUAUAGCAACAACAACAACAACAAAGUAUCAUUGACUUCUUUCAGUUAUUUUAGAUGCUACUUGAAACCAAAGUAGCUACAAUUCUUUGACAGAAACAGAACCAAUGGAGUUGGCAGUGUCCCUUCACCAAAUACAGAGCAACGUACCCAAGUUGGAUGGCAAUAGACCUGCACAGGCUUCAAACAAAAUCAGGUCCACGUGCCGUAAUAAACACUCCACCAAAUACGCUGCAUUCAUCGUCAGAAGAUCUUUACAAAUUUGGAUCCUCCUCGCAGCGGAGGCGAGAGAUUGCCAGAGGCUCUCAAGGAAGCUGAUGAAAGUUUCGGAGGCUGCAGACAGGCUAUAAUCGCUUCGGCGGGGAGUUGUCAACCAGUGGCUUAAACCCGAGGACUUACCUCGCACAAAAGUCAAGCGGUGACAAAAGACGAAACAGAAAUCUGAGGCGGCUGAAGCCAUUUUACAAAUUUCUUUGCCAGUUCCUUCAAGAGGGCUGCUCGUGAAGCCUGUUUGCAAAAGGGUUUACCCACCGAGCUCUACGUUUCCACUGGAGAUGCAGAUUACAACAGAAAUAUGCUAUACCAGGAAAAAAAAUAUGUUGCUAGUAAAAGUGCAUUUACAUUAGGACUUCUGCCAGUAUAUAUACAUAUGUUUAAAAAAUAAAAUGAAAUAAACUACAUCAUUUUAGCAAUACUGCUAUACUGGUCAAUGUUCCAAAUGUACACCAGGCCUUGUUUCAGCCUCAUAAAAACAUCUCCAAAGGAUAAAUAUUUUGACUUCUGAAUGCACUGUAUUAUAUCAAACAGCAGGUAUUGUCAACAACAUUUUUCUAGUCUUGGAUUCUACCUUUCAUGAGAUUUUUCUAACGGUGAAUCCAUGUAGAGCCACAUUUUAGCUGCAGAAAAAAAUUAUUUUACACCCACGAUAGCGUAUUCACAAAAGUCAUGGUAUUCUUACUCACAGUCUAAUUAAUGGCUGAAUUGCAACGUUCACCGAGCAUCAGCCUGCAAACUGAAAAAUCAGAUCCCUUCCUGAUGGCAGACUAGGAAAUACCUUCCCAUCCCUUUAAGGUAGCCACAGGACUUGACCCGGCCUUUGGAAAUGCUGGCACUCGUCACUGCACUGCGCAGCAACCGUCAGAUUUAUACAGUUACUUUGCUUUAGCACAUAUAGGAAUCACCCAGAUUUGGGACUUGUCCAGUAAUUUUCUUUCCAAUUCACAAGGCAGACACGGGAAAUAAAACCGCGAUGCUGCUGUAUAUUCAAGUUGGAUGAUUAGUACAAUUUCUUCUGUACAGUGCUGUGUAAAUGUGAGUGGAUAUUUAGAGCAUACCUCAUUGCGGUUUUUCCAUCUAUUUUUUCCAAAGAUGAUUUGCUUACAGAUGUGCAUUACACAUGUAUGAGAAAACCUAAGCGGUAAAAGUUUUAAAAGCAACGCAUCUUCUAUUUUACAUACCUAGGGAUGAAAAAACAAAAGAGUUAAUGAAACGCUGGUGGCAAUAAAUUCAGAUUGGCCUGACCACAGGUGAAACGUACAGGCAAAAUUGCUAUAAAUACAAAAGCACAUGUUUUCUCUUUUGUAUUUCCAUAUGUACUGGCAGUUGAAAAUACAGCAUGCUACUGGUAAAGUGAAUUUUAAAAAGUCACCACGACAAUAUAACAUAAUCUAUCUCGGGGUUUUUUUUCCUUCGUAGUGGGCCCUUUUAACCCAAACCUACAUGUAAAAAUGUGUGAACUGUCAUUUUUCUAAAGUGUUUGUAAUUAGGUGGUUUAUGCUAGAAGACAUAGAUUGCUGUUAAGUAUGUAUUAUUAUUUUUGCUUUGUAUUAUUCCAUAAAAAUCUGUGGCUAUUCAAUUAAAAUGAGACUAAUCCUUAAGCAAAAA